CACAAAUCUUUAACCUGUUAUUAAAUUAAAACAAAUCGAUGGAAAAUAAUGGGGAAAUGGGAAAAUUCGAACAUAUUGAAACCCGGUUGAAAAUGUCCCAUUUAGAACAAUACGUGUUUCGUGUUGUGAACUACACUUCAAGGUAUAACAAUUCGAACAGUUAUUCUUAUGCACCUAUUAAUUUAGUGGGAAAAUACGUGAAAUAUCCUUCCUAUGGUGAUUUCCCCGAGGCAUAUUUUUUAAGGUCCUAUGGCACGUGGUGGAAAAAAAGCGAAGGGCACCAAGCGGACUACCGCCCUCAAGACUUCGACCAUUUGGGUGCAGAAGAUUACAUUACGUUAGAAUUUGAAAGCGCAGUGGUACCCAGAGACAUCUGCGUCUAUGAAAUAUACAACCCAGGCGCUGUUGUACGGAUAUGGUGCAAAUUGAUGUGCCCCUCGAAACGCCCUUGGGUGUUGUUAUGGGAGGGUGCGUCGCAAGAAUGCCCCCACAAAAGCAGAAAGUUCCAUCCGAAGAUCAAACCCGUAAAUCACAUGACAAAUAUAAUCCGUUUAGAGAUUAACCAAAGCCUCUUGGAAUACCACUGGUCCAUAGACGCUGUGUUAUUGGGCGGAUGUCAGCCUACUUCCGACUUGCAGUAUAAUAUGAUGCUGAAAGGCUUGAUAGGUAAUUUUCAGAGAGAAGACAGUGUUGAUAAGAGGCGUCAUUCCAAUGAUAUCUGUGAUAUAAAGAGUCAGAAUGAAGACUUGUUCUUAAAUUUACCGUACGAAGUUAUUUUACACAUCUUCCAAUAUUUGGACCUAAAAUCGCUGAGUCGUUGCGCCCAGGUCAAUAAAAGAUGGAGCGAAGCCGCUGCAGAUCCAGUAUUGUACCAGAAUUUGAGUUUAAAACCUUACUGGUACCUAGUCAAUUGCAGCACCCUAGAACACUUCAUGAACAAAUGUAAAACUUUAAGGAAACUUGACUUGUCUUGGUGCGGCAACGAAGUAGAUGGUUUCGCCGAACAACUGAAAAUGUUUCUAAGGAAAGGAUGCACCACUCUCACCCACUUGUCCCUAGGAAACUGCGAAUACGUAAACAUCGAGAUCAUGGUCGAAGUUUCAGCUUGCAAGGAACUAGUUGACUUGAGAUUGAGAAACGUUGGUCAGUGGUUGCAACCAUCUCUAGACAACUUAACUAAGCUGGUGUCGCUGGACCUGACUGGUACGGAUAUUCAAGACAACGAUUUGAUAAAAAUCUUGAAAGCGAAUCGGAAUUUGAAACACAUCAUAAUAGAUUUAUGCGAGAAUCUUUUCUUUCUCGAUCAAGUCGUGGAAACCGUGGUGAAUUAUAACAAAAAUUUGGUGACUUGGAGCUCUUGGAAGACCCUUUCUUUGACGGCCGAUGGUGUGAAAUUGUUUAGGGAAUGUCGCGAUCUCAGGGAGCUGGAUUUGGGCUGGUGCCUUAUAAACAAAGACCCAGGAGAUUGCCUAGAGCACGUGGCUGAUGGCUGUAAGCAACUGAAAAGGUUGAUUCUGUCUGGGUGGAGGGGACUAAAUGACCAUCUGAUAACGCCAGCGGUUCUAAUGUGCAAAGAAUUGUCUCAGCUAGAUCUUCUGGGGAUAAAAAAUAUAUCUGUGGAUGUUUGCGAAAAAGCCUUGCUAUUGCUGCCAAAGCUCAGGCUACUUGAUAUCAGUUUUUGUAAUAGCAUCCGACAAGACGAGGUGGAGAUUUUAAGACAGCAGUACCCUCACAUCACAAUACAGAGGAGUUGUCAGUAUGUGGUGACUGAUUAUUUGAAUUAGUAGGAAAUUUCGUAGGGAUACAAAGCACUCCAUUGAGGUGUACAUAAUUUUAAAGUUGUGUGUAAAAUUGUACCGGAAUAUUCACCUUGAUCGUAUAGCACUGUAUUUAUAAAAUGUACAUAGGUGUAGUAUUUAGAUAUUUAUAAUAAAAGUAUUAUUUUCCUCUUCAA